AGUUCCAGCUGUAACCUGGUCGCGUGCGGACGUGUCCAAUCUUUCUCCGACAGGUUUACUCCUUCUUUCUUCGGAAUCGUGAAACCGGGACCGCGGAGUGUGAUUCACCGUUUUCUUACUGAUUAAGAGUACGACGUCAACUUUCGACCGGGACGCAGCGACUCCGCGAGAGAUGUCCGACACGGAGGAAGAUUCGGUCAGCUCCGACGGAUGGCCCAUCAACGAGGACUGGCUCGUCGAAGUGCUCAAGCAGCAUCACGAGGUGCGGUCUGGGAUUAGAAUUACGGACUUUAAGGUGAAGCAGGGCUGCCAGGACGGCGUCAACAACCUUAGCGACAUCCUGGCGGUGGCGGUCGAGUACGAGUUCCAGCACGCGCCACCCCAGCUGGAAACGAAGCACCUGGACAUUGUGAUAAAGCUGCUGCCGCAGGACCCGUUCAGCAGGUUCUUCGUCACCGAGGCCCAGUUCGAUCUGCGCGAGAUCAAGUUCUACACCCAGAUCCUGCCCGACCUGGUCGCGUUCCAGGAGUCGCACCUGUCCAAGGCGGACGGGGCCAGCAUGCUGGUGUCGGUGCCGACCUGCUUCUACACGCAGUACGCCCCGGCCAUCAGUCCAUCCCAGGGCAGUCCCGAGCCGCCCGAGAGCAUUCUCGUGCUGGAGGAUAUGCGGUCGCUGGGAUUUAAGGGUGCCAACUUCACGGCCGGUUUGACCGUGAGCCAAACCGAGGCCGCCAUCCGGUCCGUGGUGGCCAUCCAUGCGCUUUCGCUCGGUCUCAAGCUCAAAAAAAAGGUCGACGUCAAUGAAAAGUAUCCGUUCCUCUUCCAGACGACCCGCGCCACCGAGAGCUACCAGCAGCUGGUCGAGCAGGGCAUGCCCCAGCUGACCAAGUUCCUCGAGACGAAGCCCGGCUACGAGAACGAGCUGAAGGCGCUGAACCGGAUCCGCACCCGGACCAAGGAACUGAUCGAGACGCUGCUGCAGCCGAUCGAACCGAUGGGACUGAUUACGCACACCGACUUCUGGUGCAACAACCUGCUGUUCCGGGCCGAGCAGGACGGCACCGACAGCUGCAUCGUGCUGGACUGGCAGAUGGUCACGUACAGCCGACCCACGAACGAUCUGGCGCUGCUGCUCAUCUCGUCGAUUCCGUCCCAAAUCCGGCGCCAGCACGGUCCCCGUUUGCUGGACUUGUACUACAAUCUGCUCAAGUCCAACUGCCAAAAGCUGGACAUUGACAUCGAGGCCGACCUCGGCUACAGCCGGAACAAGAUGGAGCUCGAGUAUCGACAAUCCGAGCUGCUGGCACUGCUGCUUUGCAUCGGAUCGAUCGACAUCGCCAUCGGGAAUCCCGUGGCCGAGCAGCGUCUGCUGGACGUCCUGCGUGACUUCAACGACGAGGGCGUGCUCAAUCUGGAAGGGUGCCUCUAAGAGCCCCGGGAGAAGAAACGGUGUUGUUUGUUGAGAAAAUUUGAGCUGAUAAAAAGCUAGUGUUACUGAAGAUACUAUUAGACUAAAGAACAAGAAGAAAUCUCUAUCUUUCAACCUUAAACUUUAUAUUGCUACAACAAAAGUGUUACACAAUGCCCCUAAUCAAAGAAGCAGUCAAUCCUAAUCAAAUUUACGAAAUGCCUUUUCCGUAAAACAAAACAAAACAAAACAGUGUUAAUUACCGAGCUGAACGUAAAUUGUAUACAAUCGCAUCCAUUCUAACCACUCAACGGAUAAAACUAAUCUGAGAGAGAGAGAAAAAGCAAGCAAACAUUUGGUUUCAGUUGCUCUAAACACGGUGCGUGUUAGUUCUUUGAAGAGUGCGCGCGGAAUCGCGCUAAACCCAAGUCCAUUUGAGAAUAUCAAAAGGUUGAAUCGCCGAAAUGUUUUGAUUAAGUAGAAAUUACAAACACACACACACACCUACACAAUUCGUAAACACACAUACACACACGAAACGUAAAUGAUAAACGUGAGAUUGCUGUAAUAAAGUGAAUAAAAUAAACCACGGCGGCCGUGGCAGUGGGUUGCGCUGUUGUAA